AUGGCUGCCGCCCCCUCCCCUCUGCCCCUCGGGUGGAGACGAAACGGUGUUCUGUGCUCCAACCCCGUCACCGUCUUGCAGAAGGAUUCAAUUCGCUGUGCACGAGGUCUCGAAACGGCAUGGGCCGCUACAGGAGUUGGCGAAUCAGGGGGUGUCUGCUGGAGCCGUUGGACAGCGGGUUGCCUGGCUGAGCAAGUGAGCGAGGAUAAGGCGGAGACUCUUGGCCUGCGUUCCCCACUGGAAAGGUCUCUGGAAUCACCGGCUGCGACCAAGAAAAGAAGAAUGUCUCGUCUCCGAGAAUCUUGGGAUGACGUGGGCAAUCCAAUCGAGAUUAGGAGAGCAACACGGCACGAAAUUGCUAUCGCUGCCUCACGUGGCUUGGGCACCAUGUUUCACCUCGCGGGAGCACAACGUGUACGUCGUGAAGACCUACAGUCGCCGUCAUCGUCGCCGCGAUCGUCACCUGACCCGGCCUUCGAAGAGCUCCUGCGCGCAAAGAUACAGACAGAUUUUACGUAUACUACCACCAACACUACUGCUACCGAUCACGAUCUUGCAGACCGCGUCGAUGAUGCCCCACCUAGCGACGAUGACGAGGCUGAACUACGACUCUUCGCCGCGCCCUUGAAUGCUCCUCCAACCACCCAAAAGAUUCGCCUCUCUUCCCCAGGAGCCCAAGUAGGAGAGCCUAGCAUCUUGACCAAAAGGCCCCUGACCUACUACUUCGCCGAUGAUCCGACAAGCGACGAGGAAGCUACGCUCCAGGUAGCUGCCAUAAGCGGGCAGACAGUAAUAGAGCUGUCGCGCCAGCCAUGGCCGGGUUGCGCACUCCCAUGGAAGGUGCGUACGAUUUCAGCCACAGGGAUGAAGAAGGAGGUCCUGGUCGGCCAUCCUCCGACCCUCGUCACGGUAGAGGACAAGGCGCACAAGCGGACACGGAAGAACAAGAAGACGCGCAUCGCCAUCAGGAAGAAGCUGCAGGCUAGAAAAGAAAAACAGAGCGAGAGAGAGAGGGUGGCGCAAGAGAAAGAAGAGGCAGAAAGAGAGAAGAGAACACGAAGGAACAGGGAGAAGAAGUUGAAGAAGAAGGCAAGAGAUCAAGCCAAGAAGGCCGCUGCUGGUGUUGGAUCGGGAGAUGAAAACGUGGCAGAGUCGGUCACGAACCAAGAUUCCCCCGCUGAAGACUGA